AUGCAAGCAGCAAAAGUAACUAUUAAAUAUGCUGCAUUUUGUUUCCUUUCUUUGGAAGGAAGCGGAGGCCUCAAUAUAUUGGAAGUUUCUGACAAGAUUCAGAUAUCUGGACUUCGUCAUCUUACAACUAGCAAAACACCAGAGGCUUCCAUAUCUUCUGCUUUGUCUAGGGAUACAAAACUAUUUGAAAAUACAACUCCUUCAACAUAUUGUGUACGUCCCACAUACAGAAAGGAUCCUGCUGAUUCUGAAGCAAUUUAUUUAGCUACUAGGGAGAAUGGCGCGAUAUUCGAAAGUGGGCUCGUGGGUGCAGAAGUAGUUAUUGUUGUUGCUCGCAAACACUAUUCUCCCCAGUUAACAUGUAAGGAAUAA